CACAAACUUUGCACGCUGUGAUAGCACACUCCGACUCGAAGUGUACACAAGAUGCCGAGGCCGAAGAGUCUUCUUAAGGACUUCAAGCCCAAGAAGAAGGCCGCGAAGCAGGCGGCGCCAGUCACAGCCGAUGACUUUCUCGCUGCGGGCGUUGAACUCGAAGAGGCCGGUGAGAAAUGGCGCGCGGGGGACGCGGCCAAAUCCAUGCGCUUCUUCAUGCGCGCCAUUUCCAAUUACGACGAGGGUUUACAAAAAUAUCCCACCGCCUUUGAUCUAGCCUACAACAAAGCCCGAGUUCAAUAUGAAAUCACACAGCAUCCCAAGCUGGCUGCCCAGCUGCCAGCGCCCCAGGCAGAGAUCUUGCAGGUUGCGCUGCAGUCGCACCGCGAUGCGUUGAAGCUGGAGCAGGAUAAUGCCGAUGUGCUUUUCAACUCUGGUCAGGUGUUGAAUAGUCUAGCGGAAGCUAUCACCGACUCCAAGCAUCCGGAUGAGGAGCAGAUCAUGCAGGCGACUACCUAUCUGCAGGAGGCCAUUGAAUUGUUCCAGAGGUGUCAGGUGCUGCAAGAUAUGCGCUACACCGAGAUGCAGGAGCAGAUUGAGCAGAUGGAAUCAGCGGGCCCAGAGACACAGGCCCAGGCUCCUGAGCCCGCGCCGGAGCCACCGGUCAGCGAGGAGGAUGCUGGAGACGAGGAGCAGACACAGUGGGCAGCUAUUGUGGAGCCUGUUACUAAAAACACGCUUGUUGACACGGCAGUGGCGCAGUUGGAUACAUUGACCACACUAUGCAAUGUGUUGACGUUCAACCCCAGUGGUGGUGGCGUUGGCUGGGUGCAGGAGUAUUCCUCGGGGCUCGUCCAAACUCGACUUCCUGCCUACGUUGAGGGUUCGGAUAGGCAAUAUGAAGCAAGCCUGGCGCGAGCAAAAUUCAUCUGCGCCAUGCACGAGGUGCUUUACCGGGGCGGACACACCGAUGUUGAAACCUAUCAGCAGGAAGUUGGGCAGGCGUUUGGACCGGACUUGGAUGUAUCGGCCGACGCCGAAGGAUUAUGCAGCAAAGCCGAAGCAUUGACCUCGCUCAACGGAGCGUUAUCCGAUGUUCCCCCCAUGAAUGACGUUGAAUCUUUCAAACGCUCCUUGUCCGUGCGCUGGCAAUCACUAUCAACCGCCUUGGACGCGUUAACAAAGGCGUCCAAGCUUCCAGAUGCGGAUAACCUGCCCAAGAUCCAUCUCGCCCGAGGAGAUGUGGAAAUGCACCGAUGGCGACUUGGAACGGCGCCCUGGAACUAUGCGAUGUCCCAGCAGUACGGUGCCACACUCUUGAAGAACGCGCAGACGUACUACCGAGGAGCCGCCGCUUUAGCCCGCCGCGAUGGAGCAGCCGACGAAGAGCGUGACGGAACAUGCAAGGAAGCAAUUGCUGCCGCAGUGGAGGGACAAAAGGCCAAGCUGGACCAACUCAAGACGACUGCUCUCGAGCAGGUGGUGGCUGUAGCCACGGAAAUGGUGGAGGAUGGAAUGGUGGAGGGCACAUAUUUGAGUGCUCUGAUUUCAUGA